AAAGAAAAAAAUUUUAAAAUUAAAAUCAAAUAAUAUUGUGAUUCGUUCACGCACACACACAAAAGAGAGAAACGAACCAAGUUGGCAGCGCUGCAAAAGGCGAUUUGUGGUGCCUGUGGAACGUAACGUGACGUAUGUGUGGAACGUAACGAGCGCUAAUCGUUUUUUUUUCAUUUACUUAUUUGCGAGCUGCGAGUAAAAUUGUCGAAGUGAAAAGUUGGGAGGAGUUAAAAAAAAAGGGAAAAAAAGAAGCGAAAACUCAAUUUUCAAUUAAUAUCAAAUUAAAGUAAAAAAGCAAAACCAUGGCUCCAUCGUCCGCUCAUCCGCCGGAUCGUCACUUUGGCUAUGUCUGCUGCAAGUGUCAGGCAGCUGCCUUUGCCGGACGUCGCUAUGCCUGCUGGAUGUGCAUUGGCUAUCAGCUCUGUGGCAGCUGCUACGACUCUGGCCAGCUGCCCGAGUCGCCAGAGCACAAGUACUUCCAUCCCAUGGAAGCGCAUUACACACGCGCCGAAUUCGAGCUCUACUUUGGCGGCGAGGCGUACGUGGAGGCGAAUGUGCCGCAGAGCUAUAAGUGCGCUCUCUGCAAUCUGUGUGGGUUCACGAGCAUGCAGCUGUACAAGCACCUGUCUGACGUGCAUCGCGGCCAUAAGGAUUUUGAUGAGUAUUUUAGCAUACUUUAUACGCGCUAUACGGCCGAUGCUACGGCUGCCACGGGACGUUUGACAGCUAAUGGCGGUGGUUCGGCUAACGGUUCGGCGUCAGGUUCGGUGUCUGGUUCUGGGUCUGGUUCUGGCUCAAUUACACGUUCAGCCGUUGCCUCGGCAUCGGCUUUCCUGCGGCACGUGCCCACCAUGCAACGGCCCGUGCUGCCUGUCGUCUCGCAGCGCAAUGUCAUCGACACCACGGUCAGCUUUCGCGAGGCGGUGCGCAUGACUCAGGCCAGACGCGCUGCUGUCUUGGAGCAGCAGGCGCUCAAUGUGCUCGAAGAGUUGCGCUUCAGCAAUGCCAAUCCCAGAUAUUAUACGACCAAUCAUUGCCUGAGUGUUGCCGUUCGAUCGCAUCAGGACCAGGGGCAGCAGCAGCAGCAGCAACAGCAGCAGCCGCCGCCGCCGCCUCCUGGCUCAGCACGUUCGGAUGGGGGCGUUAUGGAUGCUCGAACUAUGCGUAAUCCGAAAGUAAGUCGUCUGCGCAACAUACCGCCAGCCAUGCGCUUGGGCACGCUGUUUCCCAAGCCAAACAACCAAUUGCCCAGGCGCACGGCUGAGGACGAUUGGGUCUCGUAUUGGGCGCACUCAUCGACUCUGAUGGAACAGCAGCAGCAGCAGCAGCAUCGAGCUGAAAGACUAUUGACCAGCUACGCGGACAUAUUGCGCGAGACGCCUGGAGCCGGUGGCGCAGGAGAAGCGCGAGACAAGAACAGGGACAAAGACAAGAAUAAGAACAAGGAUAAGAACAAGGACAAAGCGAACAGCAAUGAGAAGACCGAUUUGAACAAAUUUCUCUGCGUUCAAUUUCUAGGAUUAGAGAAAUCGCAGCGAAAGCAGCAGCCGCAUCAGCAGCAGAGUCCACCGCCGGAAACCUAUCGCGGCCACUUUACCGAAGCUCUACUGUGCUCCAUGCUAGCCGACGAGCAGCUGAAACCAGUCACAAUGCCAGCGACAGCUCCCAUUGUGAGCAAGACAACAGCUGCCACGGGCAAGACCACAAAGGAGACUUUGGAGGAUGCUUGCAACAGUUUCGCCUCGCCAGCUGGCAUCAUGGAUCGCUUCUAUAAGAACCUCGAUCUGUACAACAAGUGGUUGGCGGAUUUCUCCAUUAAAAAGUUGGAGCAGAACUCGAAGAUCGCAGCCGUGCCGGAUAUGAUCUUGCAGGCAACGCACGAUCCUGUUGUCAGCAUCGACUCGGACAUGGAUGCCGACACCGAUGAGCGGGAUGAAGAGGACGAUGUGGCGAGCAUUGUGGACCAGGCGCCCAAGACGAGUGUCGAGAGCAAAGUUGUCACUGUCAAUAUUAUCGACGAGCUAAACGAACGUGAGGUCGAGGACGAUGAAGUUGGCGAGGUGGAAGACGGCGAUGGCGAAGGCGAUGCAGAAGGAGAAGGCGAUGCCGAGGAUGUCGAGGACGAGGACGAAGACGAUUACGAUGACAAUUCAGACUCCGAGACAUCGGAUUCAACUAUAGCCAUGCUGGUCAAUGAAAUCGACCAGGUCUACGGUUACUAGAGCGCGCAUGCGAAUAGAGGAAAAGGGAGGCGAACGAAUAUAGAGAAAUAACUACGUAUGCGAGGGAUAUAUAAUUGAAACAUACAAUGAAGAGUUAACUUAUGUCAAAAAUAUACUGACUUUCUGCAUUGAAUAAAGCUGUUGGCCAAGAUAUGUUUGUCUGGU